UUUGCAGAUGACACAUGUCAACAAAAUAUUUUUUGUAGGAUUCUGUAGCUUAAAUAUAUAGUAUGGACCGUUGUUACAAUGGAUAAUGGCCACUGAAGCUGCAACAGAUAGUAAAAAGUUAUUGAGGAGAUCGUCAUCAAAUAAGAUGGGACUGAAAGAAAAAGUUGUACAGAUUUAUGAAAUAUUCUUUCAGGGAGAUGACCCAUCCUGCAACAAACCAAAUUUCUGGGAUGAAUUUUUCCUUCUUAAAGUUAACAUUGGUCACAUAGAGAGUGAAUUUGAUAAACUGUCCAAUGAAAGCCUGCUUGGUUUAAAGGAGAAUUUAAACUUGCUGUUUUAUAAAGCUGUACAGGCACUGAAAGAAGAAAAUCCAAUUAGAGUUAUAAAUGCAUUACAUACCUUAUGUGCCCUGAUCAGAGGUGUGUUUAAGAAGAGUGUAGGUGAUUUUGGAUUUGAUGUUAUUAAUAUCCUGAUAGGAUUUGAUUCUGCUGAGACAGUAAUGCAGCUAAUGGUGGAGAAUUUAAACAGAAUUUUAACAGAAGAAUAUCCAGUCAUCUUAAAGCUCCAAGUUUUGAAGUUUUUACAAGUUUUAGCCACAGCAACAGAUAACAUUAGCCAGAAUACUCUUUUAGAAUAUAUUUUAAUCAACAGUGUAUUUGAAUCUUUGAUCCAGAUUUUAGGGAAUGCUGCAUUAAGACAGAUUUUGGGUCAUGACACUGUGUUGGUUCUAACACUUUUCAUACAGUACAGAAAGUAUGAGUCUGCAAAUCAGUAUAUUGUAAAGUUGUCAAUUUUGGAUGAUGAACUAGCUCUUACGGGUUAUGCACAAGUGGUCCAUAAUGCAUUGUUUGAUUUCAAUAGGAGUUAUGCAGUUAGGAACAUAGAGCCACAAGGAGGAUGGUUUUCAGCAUUAGCCUCAAUGGUUGGCAAUAUGUUUGUAGCAGAUGAAAAGCAAAUUGCUGCAGUUAGGUCAAAUGACUCAAUAUUACUGGCAUUGUAUGAAGCUAUCCAUCUCAACAGAAAUUUCAUUACAGCUCUUACUCAUACUCAUACUCCAUCUACCCCUGCCACACCCCCAUCAUCACCUGUUCUCUCACCUGGAAAUCCUUUACUCAAUCAAGUGCCCAAAACAGAUCCGGCUUUGUUAGAACCAACAUGUCAGCCCACAAAUUUACUGGUUACAUUCCUGGAAUAUAGUUCUGUAGUCCUCCAAGAUACCAAAGAUGAAACACAACACAACAAUGCCAAAUUAUGUUUGAUUAUUUUAACUUGUAUAUCUGAGGAUCAGUAUGCUAAUUCACUGAUGCAUGACAUCAAUAUGAACUUCAGAGUUCCUUUACACAGAAUGCCUAUGAGACACAGGAAAAUGAAAGUAGAGAAAGAUAUUUCAUCAAGACCAUUAGUGUGUGCAGUAUUAGAUUUAAUGGUUGAAUUUAUAAUGAGUCACAUGAUGAAAACUUUUCCAUUAGAAUUAUAUCUAAAAUGUUUAGGGAUUACUCACAGGGUACUGUGUUACCAGAAGAAAUGUAGAGUCAGAAUUCAGUAUCCAUGGAAAGAAUUAUGGACUGCUUUAAUCAACUUACUGAAGUUCAUUCUGUCAAAUGAAGGCAGUCUGGUGAAGAGACAGAACAAUAUAUUCCAUCUUAGUUCUAAGAUAAUGAAUAUUUUUAACACCUUUAUCACCUAUGGAGACACAUUUCUGCCAAACCCAAACAGCUAUGAUGAACUGUAUUAUGAAAUUAUAAGAAUGCAUCAAGUAUUUGAUAAUAUUUAUUCAAUGGCCCUUCGUUACACAACCAAUGAUGGUGAAAGUAAAGAUUCUGCUGCUAGGCUGACUAAUCAUCUAGUUAAUAUAAGGGCCAUUGUCAAUCACUUCACUCCAAAAGUAGAUGCCUGGUCUGCAGCCAAACAAUUGUCUUCCUUAACUGAAGAACAGGUUUUAGAAGUUGUUAGAGCUAACUAUGAUACCUUGACAUUGAAACUACAGGAUAAUUUAGAUCAGUUUGAUAGAUAUUCAGAGAAACCAAGAGAAAUGGGCUACUUUACACAGCUGGUUAGAUCAAUCACUGUAGAAGUAAGGAAAACAACAAACAGUAUCUGGACUACACAGACUGAAGUUCUUCAUAGCCUGUCUUCCAUUACAUGAAUUAUUUAUUAGGAACGAACCAUAUUAUUGCAAUAUAAUACCUUCAAAAAAAUGAACAUAGCCAUAAUAAUUUAUAAUUUAUUCUGCUAGUCUUUCAGAUGUGUUCCUUAUCAUGAUAACAGAACAGUAGGAAUUAGUUAUUUAUUGGUUUUUAAUAGUGUGUAAAUAUUGAAUAUUAGUCCUGUCCAUGAAAUAUUUAUGAUGCAAAAUAGAUGAGAAUAGCACAAAUCUGAAUGAGUAAGAAAAUUUAGAUUCAGAAUUGUAUUCAGUGUAUGAAGUUGAUCGGGUACAGUACAGAUAUAUAUGGGAUGUAUUUAGCUGUGUAAAUUUGUUAACAUAAUAACAGUAGCACAGACAAAAUCUUUUAAUCAUUAAUUUGAAAACUAGGUAUGAAAGGUGGAGAUAUGAUAAGAGCUAUUAUUUAGCCCCUGAAUUUGCCAAAAUAAUAUUAUUAAAGAAUAGUUCUAGCUUUCAAAAUUGUGUAAAUUUUAUUGAUAAUUGAACAAGUUGAUAUAAACUGGACACAUUAGUGCAGAAAGGUCAGUUGUAAUGUAAACAUGUUGAAAUAGUUAUAUUUGACCUAAAAAUAUCCUUUAUAUACACAGUUUUUGGUCAAAAUUAAUGUGAGCCAAGGCCACCCAAAAGAGAUAUUUUUGGCACAUUAGCAUCUUUGUUAAAAAAAAUCUUGUAGCAAAACAUCUUUUUGGGUAAAUGUAAAACUGAGAUUAUAUCAGUAGUUGUUGCACUCAAUGCAAGAAAUUAAAAGCUAAAUGGAAAUAUGUAAAGCAGAAUUCAAAAAUAUGAGUAUUGGUGUAUGACAGGAUAUUACAUGUUUUAUGAACAUCUGAAGAUAUGCUAGGCAGAUUUAUAAUACUUUUUGCUGUUCUGGGCCAAAAAAAGUGGUCUUAUCAUACUUUCUCCUUUAAAGGAAAAUAUUUUUUCCAAUGUUUGUUAUGAUGUUUCACUGUACCUUGAUGUCAACAUUGUCAGAUCAACAUAAAUGUGAGAUGACAACAUUUGGUUGAAUUUGUAAAUUGUGCAGCUCUAACUUAAAACUAAAUUUUAAUAGGCUAGAUUGUGAUGAGAUUAAAAAAUUGAUAAUAUCUGGGUGCACAACAUCAUUACAUAAUAUUAUUUCUCAAAAUUAUUAAUGAAACAAGUCAUUUUAUUAUUUGUUUUUUUCAAAUAUUUCUGCAACUAUAGAGGUCUUAUCUUUUGACUUAAUUGACUUGGAUUGCCAAGUUUUGUGCUGAAAGUGAGUAGUUUUCUCCAGGUUCUUGGACUGCCUCCACCAACAAAAAAUCUGGUCACUAUGAUGUAGCCAAGAGUGAUGAAAAUGCCAUCAAACACAAACAAACAAACAAUCAAUGAUACUAAACUAUUCUUAAAAACUUUAGAAUUAAUUGACUGGGGGACUUUGGAGGGUAAAUAUAUAAGACCAGUUUGAAGGAUACAGGUUCCAUUAAACCCAUAUGUUCACAUUUGUCAUAUAUUAGUGUCUGUUUGUGUCAGGAUUAAUAUGUUUUCUUUGGUUGGUGUCUCAUUGAUAUAUAUUCAUUUUAUUCAUGUCUAUUAUCUUGUAAUGAUAUCCCUUUCAUUUUAUUGAAGAUAUCAUUUGAUUUUUUACCUUUCAUACUAAUUACUGAACUUUAUUGAAGUUUAAUUCAUUUCCUUCUGCUUAAGUUAGUUCCAACAAAUUAUGUUUUAUCCACAUGUUUCCUGUGCUUGCAAUGGUAAAAUAAAAGUAAUUUGAAUUAAAGAAUGUGUGAUCACAAAUAUGUAGACAGAUUUGAUUUGAAGUAAAACACGGAAGAAAUCUGUCAUAUUUUCUUAUUUUCUAUACAUCUGAUCAUGUCCUCAAUUUUGAACUUUGGAUGCUUUCUUACUUCAGUCAGUUAUGACCUUGGAGACCCUGCAGGGUAGUCAUGGCCACUAAACACCCCCAUAGUUGUAACUGAGCUAUUGUCUUUGUUAAUUCCUUUCAUGAGAAUUCCAGACACAAGGUGAGCUAAGAAUACCGCUCAAGCCGGUGCCCAGUGCCGUCUUAAACUUGCAGUGAGUUGAGAGUUUUUUUGUUCCGUGUUGAAGGCCGCACUGUGACUUUGAGAUGAAGAACAGCAAUAAAAGCGCUGUUUUUUUUGCUGUGCAUGUACUGAUUUUGUGUCAUGGAUGGAUACCCCAUAUCCUUUGUUUUUCUAUUUCUAUAAUACUCUUUAAUUUUGUCAGUAUGACAUUGUAUAGUUUUUGAUAACAGUUGAUAAUAGAAGUUAAAAGUCAGAAACCUAUUAUAAUUUAUCAAAACUCAAUUAUCCAAUCUUAUAAAUUGUGGACCUUAUCUUAUAUAGGAUUGGUCUGUGAAUUCAAAGGAUCCUGGCAUUAGUGAUGAAAAUUAGAUUUUUUAAAACUAUUUUUAAAGGGUAAAUGUAAAUUGUUAUAUUUGUCAUAGAAAGAGUUGACAGUUUAACAUACUGUAAAUUCAGAAAUUUUGUGAUGCUUUUAUAAUUGAGAAACAAUGUGAUGACUCACACUUCAAAUAGUGAUAGCAGUUCCCUGAAAAUUUAAUAACUAAUCUUGCAUGUGUCUACUGUUUGACAAUAUUAAAUGCCCACCAAAAUUUCUGAAUUUACAAUUAUUGAUAGCUAAGGAAGUAACCUUUUAACUUCAAAGGGGGAUGAGGGUUAGGGUUUUUUGUCUGAGUCAGAAAUAUUUUCGCGCAAAGCACGAAAUUUUUUUUUUUAGUUUUUAAUGCCAUCAAUCAAAUUAUUUUGUUCAAAAUUUAACACUUUAUGGUAUGGGGAAAAUCUGAAUUCAGAACAUUUUUUUUGUCAUCUGCUUGACCACUAUUUUUUCUCAUCAAAUUGGGGAUCAGAAUAUUUUUUUAGGAAAAAACCAUACCCCCCCCCCCCCUUGAAGUUAAAUGGUCGUUCCCUAAGUGUUGCAUUUAAUUGGUAAAAGUAUUGUUUAGAUGUACAGAUAAUCUAUGUUAUUGUCAUUAUGGAUACAUACUUGUAUACUUGUGUUGUUGUUAGGUUAGAGGAUUAAUGUUAUUGUUUAAAGAUGCAAUGUUUAUUUGGAAAUAAAUGUCUUAUUACUAGACUGUCAUCCACAA